AUGAAGUUCUCCCUCGUCGCCUGCCUACUCGGCGCGACCACCCUCGCGACGGCCGUCUCGCACGAGCUCGAGAAGGCGCCGGUCGACCGCCUCGGCAAGCGCUGCACGGGCACGAUCGCCUCGCUCAAGGACGUCGCCGCCGCCGUCAAGUGCCAGACGGUCAACAUCAAGAGCUUCACCGUCGACGCUGGCAAGACCUUUGAGUUGGAUCUCGCCGACGGCGCCGUCGUCAACCUGCAGGGCGACAUCACGUUCGGCUCGAAGAGCUGGGAGGGCCCGCUCAUGCUCAUCCAGGGCAAGGACGUGACGUUCAACGGCGGCGGCCACAAGCUCGACGGCCAGGGCGCAAAGCUGUGGGACGGAUACGGUAGCAACUCUGGCGGUGUGACCAAGCCCAAGUUCUUCAAGGUCAAGAUGAGCGGCGUGAUGGACAACUUUACGCUCCUCAACCAGCCAGUGCAGGGUUUCUCGGUCUCGAACCCGGCCAAGCUCGUCAUCAUCAUCGUCGACGUGCGCGCCGGCGCCGCCAAGGGCCACAAUACUGACGGCUUCGACCUGAGUUCCGCGAAGGACCUCACCAUCACGCACGCGACGGUCUACAACCAGGACGACUGCGUCGCCAUCAACGACGGCGACGGCAUCACGAUCGAGAACUCGACCUGCAUUGGCGGGCAUGGAAUCAGUAUCGGCAGCAUUCGGGCGAACAAAGUCGUGCGCAACGUAGUUAUCCAGAACAACAAGGUCAUCGACAACGACAACGGCCUGAGGAUCAAGACGUACGACAACCAGCCGGGCGCGAGCGUCUCGAACGUGCGCUACACGGGCAACGUCGUCACGAACGCCAAGAAGGCAGGCGUCAUCAUCCAGCAGGACUACACGAACGAGGGCGCGACGGGCAAGACCACCGUCGGCGUUCCGAUCAGCGGCGUCCACUUUACGGGGACGAACUCGGUCAGUGUCGCUUCGGGCGCCAAGCGUGUCUACAUCCUCUGCGCCAAGGGCUCGUGCUCCGACUUUGACUUUGCCGGUCUCAAGACGUCGGGCGGUUCGGCUGGAUCGAUCACCAACGUCUCGGUCAAGAACUACUCUCUUUGA